AUGUGCAACAUCAGGAUGCCAACCUCCACACACUACUACUUGAACUUCUUGGUGCUGCAGUGGGUCACCCAUGCCAUGAACCUUACCCGCUAUAUGCAGGCUGCCCCACUGGCUUGGAGUCAGGGUGUCUUCGUGAGGCUUCUUUGUGGCUGGUGGGAAGUGACCAAGUUCGUGGGCUUCUCCAAGAUUUGGAGUGAAGAUGACGCCCGCGCACUCGCAGAGCCUGAGGAUCAGGAUUACUACGGCAUGGGCUCCAGGACCGACAAAUGA